AUGGAGGAGGAGGAGGAGGAGGAGGAGGAGGAGGAGGAGGAGGAGGAGGAUACGACCUUGGCCUUUGGAAUAGGACCUGCGGAGGAGGAGGAGGAGGAGGAGGAGGAGGAGAUGACCUUGGCCUUUGGAAUAGGAACUGCUGUGAUGCUUAAGAAUAAUGUUAAGGAUCAUAAGCUAAAUGUGGAAGCCAUAAUUAAAAACAUUCACACAAUUUCUUUGGAGUUGAAGAAGAUGAAAGCAGCCAUGGCCAAGGGGACUGGGACUACCAAGACCAGUUUGGACCAGUCAGGACUUACUGCUAGAGCUGGGGAGAGGAAUACCUCAGAUGAAAUC